AUGGAUGUGGGCGCGGCGGAAUUUGAGGAGAAAUUGCCGAGGCUGCGAGAGCUCAUUCUUGACUGCGACUUUGUCGGGUUAGAUAUGGAAUUCACAGGUUUGCAUUCAGCCUUUCCACCAGGUAGACAGCCCAGUCUCUAUGAUUACCCUGCUGAGUUGUAUCAGAAAGCCAGACGGAGCGUUCAGCAGUUUACCGUGUGUCAGCUUGGGUUGUCAAUAUUUUCUAGUGAAAAUGCAAACAAGUAUAUGGCACAUUCAUAUAAUUUUUUCCUCUUCCCCACAACAUUGGGCCAAAUGGAGUCUGAAUUCUCUUUCCAAGCAUUUAGCAUUAAGUUCCUGACUCACUAUGGUUUUGACUUCAACAAGUUUCUUAAGGAUGGGAUCCCAUACAUGAAUGAAGCACAAGAGAAGAAACUUCAACAAGAUCUUCUUUCUGGUAAUUGGAUUGUCCAUAGCGUUAUGGACAAGGACAAACUAAAAAAAGUGAUUGAUGAAGUAACAUGCUGGCUAUCAUCUGCAGAAGAGGGAGAGUUUAUGGUUCUGCAUGACAUAUAUGGCUUCCAGAUGUUUGAAAUACAGCUGGUUUUAAGACAAGCUCUCCAAGAUAUUUGGACAGUCCCUCUGGGAAGUCAAGAAGUAAUAGUGAAGAAGAUAAAUCCACGAGGUCGCUGGCUGCUAGAAAACACUUUGUAUGACUCUUGCCGAAGAGAGCAAAUUCUUCUUUCUGCAAGAGGUUUUACCAACCUUUUCCAGACGCUUGUGAAAGCAAAGAAGCCAUUGGUGGGACAUAAUAUGCUGAUGGAUCUUCUGCAUCUACAUGACAAAUUUUUCAACCCCCUUCCUGAAGACUAUGAGGAGUUUAAAAAGAACAUAAACACCUUGUUUCCUGUCCUUAUAGACACGAAGAAUGUAGUAAAAGCCAUCUGGAAGGAGUUUCCAUUUCCCCAAGCUUCUAAUCUUUUAGAGGUGUUUGAAAUACUGUGCAGUGACGUGAAUCCCACAAAUGGUUCUUGUCCAGAGAUUUUUCAUGCAAGCGACUGUCUCAGAUAUGCUACCAAGUUCCCCCAUGAGGCUGCCUUUGAUGCCUUUCUCUGUGGAUCAGUUCUUCUGAAAACAGCUCAUUUGCUUCUUUGCAAAAUGUCUUGUGAUCCAACAAGAACUUCCUCCUCUUUUUCUCAGUACCUUGAUGAAUUGGCUGCAUAUGUGAACCAGGUGAACCUUAUCCGCACUCGUGUUCAGAAAAUUAAUUUUUCUGGCAUGGAUGACCCUACAAACCGUCCGCCGCUUCUAAUAGCUAAUGUUCGAGGGUGGCCUGGAGUGACUUCAGAGCAGAUGUAUCAAGAGUUAAGAGUCUACUGCAGGUUUGAUGUGCAACAGCAAAGAAUGAACCAGUUUCUCUUGUUCUCCAAUAAAUUUAAAGAUGUCAGGUUGAUUCUGAAAGUAUAUAAAACUCAUCCCAACCUGCAGAUAUCUGUCUACCACCACUGGAGGCAUUCAACACAAGUAAACUGCUUCCUUCAAAUUUGUGGAAUUGUAGCCUCCUGGUCUCUGAUGGCUUUUCUGCUAGGAGGCUCUUCAAGUUGA